AUGGGUUCACUUUAUCGGAGCGAGGAGAUGCGCUUUUGUCAAAUGAUUGUGGAAAGGGAUGCUGCUUUUGCCUGCGUUGCAGAACUCGGCAAAAAGCCAUAUGUUCAAUUUAAAGAUUUAAACGCGGAAGUCAAUUCUUUUCAAAGAAUGUUUGCCAAGGAUAUACGUCGCUUUGACGAAAUGGAACGAAAAUUGAGUGAGAUUUUAAAUAAUUUUAAGUUAAUUAAAGCCCAAAUAAUUGUAAUAGGGUUUUUGGAGGCGCAAAUUCGAAAAGACAAUAACACAAUACUUGGAAGUGUUGAAAGUCGAGACCCAAUUGAGGUCAUGCCGCAUCAUGAGAUUAAUCAACUUGAGCAAACAUUAGUUGAUUUGGAACGCGAUGUAAUUCACAUGAAUAACAGUGACCAACAAUUGAAGAGAAAUUAUUUGGAGCUUAAAGAAUGGCAGCAUGUAUUAGAGAAGGCGGACCAAUUCUUUGAAGGGGGAAUUAGUGAUGCCGCAGUGCAUGAGAUCGAACAGCAAAGUGCUGCUGCUGAAAGCGAAGCUGGUAUUGCUCUGCACUCUGCUGAGAAGGAACCUACUGGUCGACGUACGGCUUUUGUUCGUCACAUUGAAAUUGAAGAGCAUCUGGAGCAUCCAGAAACGGUUUGCGAAGGAUUUAAAGCUAGGCAGUACAAUCAAUGCCCACGAACAAGUCCCGACCGAAAGACUGCACUACAACAAGUUCAAGCGAGUCUUAACGACAUGCAAAUGGUUAUGUCUCAAACAAGAGAGCAUCGAAUGAAAGUUUUGAAUGCGGUAGCAGCGAAUCAUCGUAACUGGCUUAAACAAGUUAGAGUCCACAAAUCAAUUUAUUCCACUCUUAACAACUUUACUUUUGAUGGAAUUGGCAAAUUUUUUGUCGCAGAAUGUUGGGUUCCGCUUGAUGAUGUGCAAGCCGUUCGUGAAGCAUUGGAAACUGGAGUGAGUAAGCAUGGAAGUACUGUGAAACCUGUAUUAAAUGUUGUGCAUACUAGUGAAAUGCCACCUACUUAUAACCGUACAAACAAAUUUACUGCAGUCUUCCAAGGAAUUGUUGAUUCUUAUGGAGUUGCUUCCUAUUUGGAAUUGAACCCAGCUCCUUAUACUAUAAUUACAUUUCCAUUCAUCUUCUCAUGCAUGUUCGGUGAUUUGGGACACGGAAUUUUGAUGUUUCUUUGUGGUUUGUAUUUGGUUGUUAGAGAGCGCAAUCUAGAGGCUAGGCAAAUAAAAGAUGAGAUUUUCAACAUGUUCUUUGGCGGGCGAUAUAUUAUUUUGUUGAUGGGUCUUUUCUCAAUGCAUGCUGGUCUCGUCUACAACGAUGCUUUUGCAAAAUCAUUUUCUAUUUUUGGAAGUGCCUGGAAAAAUCCUUAUCCUGUCAUCCUUGGAAUUGCUCAAAUGACAUUCGGUGUAUGUCUUUCGUAUCAAAACUACAAAUACUUCAAUUCAUCGAUUGAAAUCUUCACGGUAUUUAUUCCUCAGAUGAUAUUUAUGGGUAGUAUCUUCAUAUAUCUUUGCCUACAAAUUGUGCUAAAGUGGUUGUUAUUUUGGGUUAAACCUGAGACGAUUUUUGGUCGCCAAUAUCCGGGUUCGCAUUGCGCACCUUCUUUAUUGUCAUUUCUUGAAGCAAUACUUGUUAUCAUUGCUGUUCUUUGUAUACCUAUAAUGUUAUUUGGCAAACCGAUACAUAUUUUGAUGCAUCAACGAAGGGCAAAACGUGCUGUUUCUGAUAACAUGUAUGUACUUGGCUGUGUCUCCCAUACUGCUUCUUAUCUUAGACUAUGGGCUUUGUCGCUUGCACACGCACAGCUCUCGGAAGUUCUUUGGGACAUGGUGUUGGAGAACGCCUUUGCAUUUAACGACAUCAAAGGUUACAUCGCACUUUACGCAAUAUUUUUUGCAUUUGGGGUACUCACCUUCUCCAUACUUGUGCUUAUGGAGGGGCUUUCUGCUUUUUUACAUGCCUUACGUCUACACUGGGUUGAAUUUCAAAGCAAAUUUUACCUUGGACAAGGCUAUAUAUUUGCGCCUUUCUUUUUUAAAGAUAUUCUACAAAGGGCAUCAGUUGCUGAAAUGGCCUAA